AUGAGGGCUGCUGAUUGGCUGUUGGUUCUGGCGUUACUGCCCCUCGUCUCCCUCGCCUCCCAUCCGGACAUCUGCAGCGCCAAACCCAAAGACCUUCCCCUGGAGCCGCGCUGCAGCUACCGCAGCCCCGACCCCGAGGCCGGCGAGGGCCCGACCCCGGAGCCCGAGCCGGUCCCCGAGUCCACCAACCCCCGAGUCUGGGAGCUGUCGAAGGCCAACAGCCGCUUCGCACUGUCUCUGUUCAGACAGCUGGGCCUCGGCAAGGCCCCCGAGGACAACAUCUUCAUGUCCCCCAUCAGCAUCUCCACCGCCUUCGCCAUGACCAAGCUGGGAGCCUGCAACCAGACGCUGCAGCAGAUCAUGGAGGUAUUUCAGUUCGACACCAUCAAAGAGAAGACGUCGGACCAGGUCCACUUCUUCUUCGCCAAACUCAACUGCCGUCUGUACAGGAAGAAGGACGAGACCACGGAGCUGAUCUCCGCCAACCGGCUGUUCGGAGACAAGUCUCUGGUCUUCAACGAGACGUACCAGAACAUCAGUGAGACGGUGUACGGGGCCAAACUACUGCCUCUCAACUUCAAGGAGAACCCGGAGAAGGCCCGAGUCACCAUUAACAACUGGAUCUCCAACAAGACGGAGAACCUGAUCCAGGACACGCUGCCGGAGGGGGCACUGGACUCCAACACAAUCCUGGUCCUUGUCAACACCAUCUACUUCAAGGGUCAGUGGAAAAACAAGUUUGACAAAGACAACGUGUACAACUCGGACUUCCACGUCAGCCGGUCCCUGACCUGCUCAGUUAACAUGAUGUACCAGGAGACCAGGUUCAGGUACAGGAACUUCCCCAACGACCAGGUGCAGCUGCUGGAGAUGCCGUACCGCGGAGACGACAUCACCAUGGUGAUCAUCCUGCCGAACAAAGGCACCGCGCUCAGUCAGGUGGAGGAGCGUCUGGACCUCAACAAUCUGACGUCCUGGUUGGAUGAAAUGAAGGAGACUACGGUGUCGGUCCACGUCCCUCGCUUCAGGGUGGAGGACGGCUUCAGUGUGAAGGAGAAGCUGCAGGACAUGGGCCUGACGGACCUGUUCAGCUCCGAGAGGGCCAGUCUGCCAGGGAUGUUGGAGGAUGGAAGUGAAGGUCUCCACAUAUCAGACGCGUUCCAUAAGGCCUUUCUGGAGGUGAACGAGGAGGGCAGCGAGGCGGCAGCAGCCACCGCCGUCGUGGCCGUCGGACGCUCCUUCAACUUAAAUCGGGAGGUGUUUCUGGCCAACCGGCCGUUCCUGCUGCUCAUCAGAGAGUCCACCAUCAACACCCUGCUGUUCACCGCCAGGGUGGCCAACCCCUGCAACCAAUGAGAACGGAUCCAACAACCACCUCCAGUCCACAAAACAGACACGACGACGUGAAAACCAUCGUUCAGUAACUUCACAUCUAGUGUUUCGUUCCACCACAGACCGUAAACCAGAGAAGUUAUUAAUCAUGUGAAGGCGUGUCAGGAUGUAGGGAGGCGGAGUCCUGAUCCCGUUUGAGUUACACAAAGGAUGUUGGUACAUUUAAAAGAUCAUUUAGAGCGAAGAAAGAGGCAGUUUGUCGUAACACUCAUAUAAGAGACGAGAAUUAAAGUCUUCUGUUCCAUCGAUGUCUGUCUUUGUUUAAGCUCUGAAUGAAGCUGUGUGUUUGGGACCACCAUGUUAAUAAUUAUAUAUAUUAACAUUUGGUUUCUCUCAAUACAUACAGUGACUAACUCUCCAGGAACACCUUUAGAAACCAUAGUCAACUAAUCAAUCUUCUUGGUUCACU